UGAGUACACGGUGUUUUGAAGGAGGAAAUGCGCUGCGUUGCUAGCUGUAGCUUAGCCUGGCGGAAUGCGGACAGGCCUCGAAUCCUCGGUGUGGUGGUUGUGCAGAGGCCGGGGGAAGGUGCGCGCAGGGGCGGCUCGAACUAGACUCCUGCUGAGUCUAAAAGACGAUGACAGCGGAGACCACGACCAGGACCAAGGCUCACCGAAAGACAGUGAGAAGGAAAAAUCUGAAGACGAGGAACAGAACUCCAGGAGAAAGAUGGCGGUGCCAGGGGCGGGAGAGCACCCUCUUCAAUUCAACUACAGCUUCUGGUACUCCAGACGAACCCCCGGGAGACCAGCCAGCACUCAGAGCUACGAACAGAACAUCAAACAGAUCGGCACCUUCGCCUCGGUGGAGCAGUUCUGGCGUUUCUAUAGUCACAUGAUCCGGCCUGGUGAUCUGACGGGCCACAGUGACUUCCACCUCUUCAAAGACGGUAUUAAACCCAUGUGGGAGGAUGACGCCAAUAAGAUGGGUGGAAAGUGGAUCAUCCGUCUGAGGAAAGGUUUAGCAUCUCGGUGCUGGGAGAACCUGAUCCUGGCUAUACUGGGGGAGCAGUUCAUGGUGGGAGAGGAAAUCUGUGGGGCUGUGGUGUCAGUACGCUUCCAGGAGGACAUCAUUUCCAUCUGGAACAAAACGGCCAGUGACCAGGCGACCACGGCUCGCAUCAGAGACACCCUGCGUCGAGUCCUCAACCUGCCGCCCAACACCAUCAUGGAGUACAAGACACACACAGACAGCAUUAAAGCAUGGGAAGACUUCCAUGGACUGGUGACUGCUAGCGGCGGACAUUAGGCCCUCACACAGAAAACCUCUCAGAGGGUGUGAGGAUAUGUAAUGAGUCGGGGGGAAUGACGAGUCCGGGGAAGGAUACCUCUGCGUGGAUUGGCACUGUGUCUGAAGACAGAGCAAAAGUCAGGGGCGAGAGGACCAUUCCUUCUUUGUGUCCAAUUGGAAACGAUCAGAAAAGGAUUUCAAGCGGACGGCGAACAGAAGAAGUCGAAGGGAGAAAUUUGCAUUAUUUUUAAUCAACCAGAGGAGAACAAAGCCUCCGUUUUUUUAUGUUUUGUAAUGCAAGUUGCAACAUCUGUUAACCUGCCACCAGAGGGGGCAUGUGACUGGUGUUUGGUCAUUAGCUGAUAACAAAGUGUACUUGACAAAAUACAACAGAACCGACAAACGAAACCAACACGAUAUGUGCUAGAUCAGAUUUUUAUUGCUUACAUCAAGUCACACUUCCUGCUGUUAAAGUAAGUCUGUGUUAAUCUGUUUUAUUGGGACUCAAACAGGGUUGCAGGUUAUUUUAUUACUGUGCUGUAUUUUAACUACAAGUACUCCGGUCAUUUCGAACUUGAAAUGAUUUGCUGAUUAUUACUAUUAUUGUGUAUGAUAUAUUGUAAAUAUAGUCCACUUCAAAGAUCACUUAACUGAAUCUGCCAUGAUUCUCCAUCUUUGACCUGGGAGUUGAAUCCCAAAGGAUGAGGACCAUCCUGUGUUGGGCAGAAGGUUGCGUAAGCGGCAUCUUUAAAAAUGGACUGCCAAGCUGCCUCGAUCACUGUGCCUGGCCUCGAGCCCAACCCGAUCCAGGUCCCCCUCCUGUACGUUUCGUCUUAACCCUGCCUCCAAAUAAUCCAAGGGUCGGGCUCUGCUUUAUUGUCCUCAUCAAAGGCCCUUAUUGUUUUUGUUUUUUCAGCAAAAGAGAGGAAACUGAGGUCGGGGGUCUGUUACAUUUGAUUCUUCGGGAGCAUUUUCAACACUGAACCACCUUCAGAGAGCGCCUGUAGUCUGUUGAAAAACUGUAAUGCUGCCCAUGUGUGGUAGCGUGAUGAUGGGUGCAGGUGUGUGUGUGCGUGUGUGUCAAAAGUGAAGAAACAAAUGUUGGAUGUACACCUGAUGGUUUAUAGCAAUAAAUGUCAAAUAUGCAUCUGCUGCUAAA